AUGACUGACAAGAAACUAGAUCAAGAGGGAUUGAAAAAUGAUGCGGCUGGAGGCAGUGUCAGACUGCAUGUACUGUCUAAACCUGUAACUAAACCAUGUACUGACUGGACGGUUGGUGCGGUGGCUGGGCAACUGGCUGCCGUGCAACGUCUCGCGGGUUCGAUUGCCGCACGGAACAACUCUUUGUGUGAUCCACAAAUUGUUGUUCCGGGUCUGGGUGUCAUGUGUUUGUUACAAAAAUGUGUUGAGAAACAAAUAAAGGUUUUUUGGUUGCCGGGCGGGGUUUGCGGCGAGGGUGGCGAGGGUGCCAUUCGUCGCUCCCGCGGCAAGCGCAUCACUCAGAGACGUGGGGCCAUAAAACAUCAUAAGAUCCACGAAGUGAAUGGCCACCGUUUUGUGGCGAAGUUUUUCCGACAGCCGACGUUCUGUGCGUUCUGCAAGGAGUUUCUAUGGGGCUUUGGCAAGCAGGGCUACCGGUGCUCCGUGUGCCAGACGGCAGUGCACAAGAGAUGCCAUAAUAAACUGCUCGGAAAAUGUACUGGAUCCUCAGCGCAUUCAGAAGCCACUGUGUACCUGCGCGAGAGGUUCAAGGUGGACGUGCCGCACAGAUUCAGGCCGCACCAGUUCAUGUCUCCCACAUUCUGCGACCACUGCGGGGCCAUGCUCUACGGCUUCUUCAAACAAGAGCUAAAGUGUGAAGGUACUUCGUAG